AUGGAGGAUCCGAUGUCAGAAAUGUCCAUGGUACCAUUUUCAUCACCUACAGAAUCUUCCAGAAGCAACUCCACAGAUGACAGUCAAGACGGUAAAAGCCCCGCUCCUGGAAAGGUCCUGAACACUGGGCUUCUCUGUAAAGUGUGUUCUGACACCAGCAGUGGGAAGCACUAUGGGAUAUACGCUUGCAACGGUUGCAGUGGCUUUUUCAAGCGAAGUGUGAGGCGCAGACUCAUCUACAGAUGUCAGGCUGGUACAGGCAUGUGUCCUGUGGAUAAAGCCCAUCGAAAUCAGUGCCAGGCCUGUCGCUUAAAGAAAUGCCUUCAAGCUGGAAUGAACAAGGAUGCUGUUCAGAAUGAACGUCAGCCCCGCAGCACUGCACAAGUCAGAUUAGAUGCACUGGAUGUAGACAAGGAGAAGGAGCACCUCGCCACCACCUUGGAGCCCACUUCCUCAUCCACCUGCUCUGUGAUCAGCCGCCCGCUUCUGGGCUCCUCCAUCAGCUCCAGCAUCAGCUCCACAGAUGGUAGCCAACACUCCAACAGUCCCAAAAAUGGACACCGCUUUAUGGCCAGCCUGAUGACGGCUGAAACUUGCGCCAAGCUGGAACCAGAGGAUGUGGAUGAGAACAUUGAUGUGACCAGUAAUGAACCUGAAAGGAGUUCUCCGAUGUACGGCAGCGCUCUCUACCCCUCACGUGAACCCGAGAGUGUAUAUGAGACCUCAGCUCGUCUACUCUUCAUGUCUGUUAAAUGGGCCAAGAACCUGCCAGUAUUUUCUCAUCUACCUUUCAGAGACCAGGUGAUUCUGCUUGAGGAAGCAUGGAGCGAGCUGUUUCUUCUGUGUGCAAUUCAGUGGUCUCUACCUCUGGACAACUGCCCUCUGCUGUCUCUGCCUGACCUUUCACCCACAGGACAGGGCAAGGGAAGCCCCUCUGCCUCAGAUGUGAGGGUCCUGCAGGAGGUGUUUAGCAGAUUCAAGCCCCUGCAAGUGGAUCCAACCGAGUUUGCAUGCUUGAAAGCAAUUGUUUUGUUCAAACCAGAAACAAGAGGACUUAAAGACCCUGAACAGGUGGAGAACCUACAAGAUCAGUCCCAAGUACUGCUAGCUCAACAUAUCCAUACACUUUACCCCAAUCAAGUUGCCAGGUUUGGAAGACUAUUACUUCUCCUUCCAUCUCUUCACUUUGUGAGUUCAGAGCGAAUCGAGCAUCUUUUCUUCCAGAGAACGAUCGGGAACACACCCAUGGAGAAACUCUUGUGUGACAUGUUCAAAAACUGA